AUGAAAUUCGGCAAGGAGUUCCGUACGCACCUCGAGGAAACUCUACCGGAGUGGCGCGACAAGUUCCUCUGCUACAAACCCUUGAAAAAGCUUCUCAAGCACUACCCGCACUCCUCCGCCGGAGAUGUUGAUUUCCCGCCUCCCGAUGCGAGCCAGUUGCGUCCUGUGUUCGCCGACACCACCAACACCUCCCCCUCCGCCGCCUCGGAUGCGGCGAUUCCCGGUGGCCGGCCGCCGGAAGAUCUGCAUGAUUCGUUUGUGAGGAUACUGAACAACGAGCUCGAGAAGUUUAAUGAUUUCUACGUCGAUAAAGAGGAGGAUUUUGUCAUUCGCUUGCAGGAGCUGAAGGAAAGAAUUGAACGAGUCAAGGAGAAGAGCGGAAGGGACGGAGAUUUUACAUCGGAAAGCGAGUUUAGUGAAGAAAUGAUGGACAUUCGUAAGGGUCUCGUUACCAUUCAUGGCGAGAUGGUUCUUCUCAAAAACUACAGCUCCCUUAACUUUGCAGGAGUUGUCAAGAUUUUGAAGAAGUACGAUAAGAGAACCGGAGGAUUACUGCGUUUGCCCUUCACACAGCUUGCUCUCCGUCAGCCCUUCUUUACAACAGAACCCCUUACAAGGUUAGUUCGUGAAUGUGAGUCGAAUCUCGAGCUUCUCUUCCCUACCGAAGCAGAGGUUGUAGAAUCUAACACCACAGAGCCGUGCCUGCCACACAUUAACACACCCGAGACUUCCUCUACUCUCGGUGAGGAAAAUCUCGAUAUCUACCGGAGUACACUCGCUGCCAUGAGAGCUAUUCGUAGUUUACAGAAAGCCAGCUCCACUUACAACCCUUUGUCCUUCUCUUCCCUCCUUAAGAACGAGGACGAUGAGACAGUAACUGCUGAAAAUUCCCCCGACUCUUCAGCUAAUUUGCAGAGCAACGAUGAGACAGGAAAGGAAGAUUCCAAGCCUUCUCACUAACAGAAAAGGAAGAUACUGAGUUUUUUCUUUUUGGCAGUUUUGUGUAUUACCUCCUCUUCCUUUUUGUAGACUGAUAGUGAAUUGAUUGAUGUGCAGUUCUUUGUUCACCAGUAAUCGGAACAAGAACACCAGCCUCCUUUGAA